AUGCUGGCAAGAUGGGCAAGUGUUGUCAUCUCUGUACUUCCAGGAACUUCCAGUCCAGGUGACUUCCGAAGUCACCGAUGGUACCAGAAGUGGCAUGAUAAACAAGCCAAGAAAACCCAGUUGAGCACAUCCCUCAAGGCCAUUCCCUUGGGAGGUGCCUCUCAUGCAAAGGGAAUUGUGCUGGUAAAAGUAGGGGUUGAAGCCAAAAAACCAAAUUCUGCUAUCCGGAAGUGCGAGGGGGCGCAGCUCAUCAAGAACGGCAAGAAGAUCACAGCGAUCGUGCCCAGUGAUGGCGGUUUGAACCUCAAUGAGGAAAAUGACGUUCUAGUUGCUGGAUUUGGUUGA